ACCAGCGGAUAGCCACCGAUCGCAGGAAGGAUUCACAGAUUGGGAAAGAGACCUGUUAGUUAUACAGUACAUUCCCGGCGACCCCUAAUCCGGAAGCGCGGAAAUUCACAAAAUGCGCGACACAAUAUUCACCUCACUCUUCCUCGCCUCGGCGACCCUCACAUCCGCCAGCCGCCUCGAAUGCCUCCACACCCGCAGCGAGGAGCUCGCCUCCGUUGCGUCCUGCGGUGACAAGGGCUCACUCAACUACUGCUUCUCGAACCUCCCCAUUGCCACACAACCCGAGGCCCUCUCCGGGGAACUCGAGCGCUGCUUUAACUCAGCGGGCUGCACACCGGCCGAAUCCCAAAUCGAGGCGUACUGGGUCCAAAAGCGAUGUGAAACCCCCACCAACGACCUCCGCCGCGGCCGUCGGCAACCCGACAAUGAGGACUCCCUGGCGGCCGCCGCCAAAGAGCCGCUCAUGGCCGCCCGCAAUCCCAUGCCAGCCAUCACCGCGAUGGUCGUCCCCCGGCAAACCACAGCCGCCACCACAGCCGCCACCACCAACCCGGCCUCCCCGUCCCCCUGCUUCAGCGACACAACGUCCUCCAUCACCUCGUGCCCGCUCCAAACCACGGGCACCGACGCCGGCAAGAAACUCUCGUGCUUCCCCACGGUGCUCACCAGCGCCGUGUGCCGCGACGGGCUGAUCUGCACGUCCGACAAGCAGGGCAACCCGUCGUGCAUGUACAAGCACUCCUCGCUGGGCGUCGACGGCACCAUCAUCGCCAUCAUCUUCGCCUCGGCCAUCGUCAUCUCCAUCGUGUCCAUCUGUUUCCUCUGCUGCCGCGAGCGCCGCGAGCACAAGCGCAUCGAGCGGGCGGCCGAGGCGGCGCGGAUUGCCAAGGAGGCCAAGACGGCUACUGCCACGGCCAAACGGCCGGGCACCUCUAUCACGGGCAUGGGCGGCUCCCCCGUCGUGGAGGGCCAGCCGCUGAUGAACCAGGGCCCGCCGUCGCCGGGCCUGCAGGGCCAGCAGGGGGGCUAUGGCGCGGCGAACCCGUUUGCUGAUGGUUCAAGCGAUGGGGGCAGGCGUUGAGGUGAGAGAGGUGUACUGGCUGAGCCGUGAGCACUAUUGGGCUCGAGAUUGACCUGUUCGGCACACGGCUGCCGUGCUGGUUGAGUUGCUGGGCAAUCUGUGGUUGGGGAAAGGGGGAAGAAGCUUGUGGGAACUUAACAGGUUGUUUGAACAAUGUCCACGGUACUUUGGGUACUAUCUUGAUUGG